AUGAAUUGCCCUUCCCGGACUGACGAUACUCUGCUGCACGAUGAGUGGAACCAAAAUCCGCCGCGCCUCGCCCCUGAUCUGACCACUCGUCAAGAUUUCAAUGGGCUCGCGAAUAGUCGUGAGAAUAAGGAUGAAGGAAAGGGACUUACCGGGCGGAAUGGGAGUUUGAGUUUCGCUUAUGUGCCGCCUAUAGAGAAAUCCGAUACGGGGAUGUACCCCGACAGCGCGGGGCGCGGGGCGUCCCUGACCUUGUCAGGACACCUCGCGCCCACGAAGGCCGGCAUCCAAGUUGCCCCAAAUCAAAACCACGUCUACCCAUCGUACCAAAGCAUCAAGGAUUGGGCAUUGUGGCUCUGCUCGGUGCUCUGUGUCUCAGUCUUCAUUUCUUCUACCAAACUGGGUAGUUAUUUUACACCAAAAAAACAUAUCCUCGUUGAACAGUCCAUCGAAAAACAGUACACCGCGCCAGUGAAACGAUCAAGGUGUGCAAAUGGGGGCGUGGACGGCGAUGAGUACAACCUCUCUUUGCAUGUCGCAGCACUCUUUAUCAUCUUGGGUACAUCAACUGUAGCCUGUGCAUUCCCUAUCCUCGCGACUCGAUUCCCACGGUUGCAUAUCCCGGCCUCAUUCCUAUUUUUCGUCAGCCAUUUUGGAACCGGAGUUCUGAUCGCCACGGCGUUUGUCCAUCUUCUUCCAACAGCGUUCACUUCCCUUGGUGAUCCUUGCUUAUCUAAUUUCUGGACGAACGACUACCAGGCUAUGCCAGGUGCUAUUGCACUGGGCGGCAUAUUUCUUGUUACCGUUAUUGAGAUGGUUUUUAGUCCCGCCCAGAAUAUUUGUCGUGGAGGCAAACAACGUGAGGCUCGGCAAGAACCUUCCCUUCGUCAUGAAACACAACCUGGGAACACAACGAAGGAGUCGAAUUAUUCCAAUCAGCUUCAGUCUCAAACUCCAAAUUCGCUUGGGCUAGAAGCAAGACCUCAUCUGCGAGAUAUGGGGCCACUGAUUGGAAGAUCAUCGAGUAUCAGCAGGGCUAUAAACCGCAUUGGAGAAGGCUCUGAAGAGAUCGUUCGAGUUGCAUCUGCUCCCGAGAUCCAAACCCAUCAUAGAGAGGAAAAUGGAUCAGUCCAGCCCGAUGCUGAGCGCCACGAAGAUCAUUCAGACUUGACUCCAGACCAGAAACAGAAGAAAGAGACAAUGCAGGUCUAUCUUCUCGAGAUGGGCAUUCUGUUCCACAGUGUGUUCAUCGGCAUGUCCCUAAGUGUCUCAGUCGGUAACGAGUUUGUGAUUCUCUUGAUUGCAAUCGUCUUUCAUCAAACCUUCGAAGGCCUAGCACUGGGAUCACGAAUUGCCUCCCUCCCCUGGUCUGAAAAACAACUCCAGCCAUGGAUCAUGUCAUUCGCAUAUGGCUGCACGACACCCAUUGGCCAGGCGAUAGGCCUCGCAACACAUACGCUGUACAGCCCUGACUCGGAGGUUGGCUUGCUUCUAGUUGGCAUCAUGAAUGCCAUUUCUGCCGGCCUGUUGAUUUUCGCUUCGCUUGUGGAGUUGAUGUCGGAAGACUUCCUCAGCGACGAAAGUUGGCGUGUUCUCUAUGGGAGACGGAGAGUUUAUGCUUGUAUCCUGGUGUUCCUUGGAGCAUUCUGUAUGAGUAUUGUUGGUGCGUGGGCUUAG